AUAGGAAAUAAUAUAUACUAUAAAAUCGACUCAUGGUGAAGGACAACACUGAGCUGAGGAAGCUACUGAUUGACACGUCGAGUAAGUCUAUAAUUGUGAUUGAGGACAUUGAUUGCUCGCUUGAUCUUACCGGACAGCGAAAGAAGAAGAAGGACAAGGAUGAAGGGGGCAUGGAAGAAAAGGAUCCAGUUCGAAAUAAGAUGGAAGAUGAAGAAAACACACAGAGCAAGGUGACUCUUUCAGGGCUGCUAAACUUUAUCGAUAGGAUUUGGUCAGCUUGUGGAGGGGAGAGACUGGUCGUGUUUACGACUAAUUAUGUGGACAAACUUGAUCCUGCGGUCAUUAGAAGAGGAAGGAUGGACAAGCACAUAGAGUUGUCCUACUGCUGCUUCAAAGCAUUCAAAGUGCUUGCUAGGAAUUAUUUGGAUUUGGAUUCACAUGAGUUGUUUGAAACGAUUGCGCGUUUGUUGGGCAAAACCAAUAUGACUCCUGCUGAUGUUGCUGAGAACUAGAUGCCUAAGUCUGUUAUACAGGAUGCUGAGUCUUGUUUGAAGAACUUGAUCGAAGCUCUUGAGGAGGCAAGAGUGAAGGCCGAGGAAGAAGCGAAAUUAAAGGCAGAAGAAGC